AUAUAUUUCAAAUAAUUCCACUCCCCGCCAAUUUUCAUACUCUUCGUUCACUUCUUCUUCUUCUUCUUCUCUCCUCGAUAACAUGAGCAAGAACUGUAUGGAGAUCGAGCGGAGAAUCCUACGCCUUCUUCACGGCCACAAAUCUCGAACCCAUCUCACUCAAAUCCACGCCCACUUCCUCCGCCAUGGCCUCCAUCAAUCCAACCAAAUUCUCGCCCAUUUCAUCUCCGUUUGCGCCUCUUUCAACCGCAUUGCCUAUGCCGAUCGCCUCUUUUCCCAAUCUCACAACCCCAACAUCUUCCUAUUCAAUUCAAUCAUCAAAGCUCACUCCCUCUCUGUUCCCUUCCAUCAAUCCCUUCUCCUGUUUUCCUCCAUGAAGAAUCACAGGAUUGUUCCUGAUCAGUACACUUUUGCGCCGUUGCUGAAAUCCUGUGCCAAUCUCUGUGAGUAUAGUCUUGGUCAGUGUGUGAUUUCUGAAGUUUUUCGUCGUGGGUUUUACUGUUUUGGGUCUAUUCGUAUUGGGGUUGUUGAGUUGUAUGUUUGUUGUGAGAAGAUGGAGGAUGCAUGGAAGAUGUUUGAUGAAAUGUCUCACAGGGAUGUGGUUGUUUGGAACUUGAUGAUUCGUGGAUUUUGCAAGACGGGAAAUGUUGAUUUUGGGCUGUGUCUCUUUAGACAAAUGAGUGAACGUAGUCUUGUUUCUUGGAACACUAUUAUUUCCUGUUUAGCUCAAAAUAGGCGUGAUGUUGAAGCUUUGGAACUCUUUCAACAAAUGGAAGAACAUGGGUUUAAACCAGAUGAGGUUACUGUGGUCACAAUGUUGCCUGUAUGUUCUCGUUUGGGAGCUCUUGAAGUUGGACAAAGAAUCCAUUCUUAUGCAAGUUCUAAGGGAAAUUUGGUAGGUAUUACGACUGUUGGGAAUUCACUCAUUGAUUUUUACUGUAAAUGUGGUAACAUAGAAAAGGCUUACAACAUAUUUCAGAAAAUGACUUGCAAAAGCGUCGUCUCUUGGAAUACAAUUAUUUUGGGCUUUGCUUUAAAUGGGAAGGGGGAGUUUGCUAUUGACCUUUUUAUGGAGAUGCGAAAGGAGUACUUGAAGCCAAAUGAUGCAACAUUUGUAGCUGUCUUGACUGCUUGUGUUCAUUCGGGAUUGUUAGAGAAGGGUCGAGAGCUAUUUUCUUCAAUGGCUGAGGAUUACGAAAUCCAGCCAAAACUCGAACAUUUUGGUUGUAUGGUUGAUCUUUUGGGACGUGGUGGGUGUGUGGAGGAGGCUCAUAAAUUGAUUAAAAGCAUGCCAAUGCAACCAAAUGCCACUUUAUGGGGAGCUGUGCUUGGUGCUUGCCGAACCCAUGGCAACUUGAAACUUGCAGAAAUGGCAGUGAAAGAGCUCAUCAGUCUUGAACCAUGGAACUCUGGUAAUUAUGUAUUGUUGUCAAAUAUGUUGGCAGAGGAAGGAAGAUGGGAAGAAGUUGAGAAUGUCAGACAGUGGAUGAGAGAAAAGAGCGUCAAGAAAGCACCUGGGCAGAGUGCAAGUGGGUAACUGUUAAUGUUGUGGGGGAAGUUACCUCAUCAUUGGGUUGUAACAUACAGGCUUCGAGUCUGGUUCAAGGCAUAUUGUUGAGAAUAUCUGUUGAAAUGAAAUGAAGUUCAGCACUUUCAGCCACCUCAACGUGCUCUGACGUGAUUAGUAAUACGUAAACUCUAUUGAAACUAGUCACCGGCUGUGGAACUCGGGUGAAAUCAAACUGAAGAGGAUAGAAUGAAGUUUGAACUGCUGUGUCGUGCUGAGUACAAAACUUUGCCUUCAAGAUCCAUUGAGUUGUUUCUCUGUAGUCUAAAAGAAGAUUGAUCAGAGGCUCAAGAGUCGAGAAGAAUAAGGAAGAAGUAAAUGGGAACGAACAUGAUAUUACAUGUAAAGAACAAAGUUUCCUCAUCAAAACGUCAAACUUUGAGCCACAAUUUAUGUGUCCUGGUGAACGAAGUUGACCACAAAAAGAAAGAAAUGGAGAUGCGGGGUAUCGAUCCCCGUACCUCUCGCAUGCUAAGCGAGCGCUCUACCAUCUGAGCUACAUCCCCAUACAUGGUAAUCAAAAUCUCCCUUUAUAUUUUA